AUGAAAAUAUUUAAAAGAAAUAAAACUUUGGAAAGAACGAAUUUUGACAAAAUAAAUAAUGUACAAAUAUAUGGAGAAAAUAAAAUACACUGCAAGGGCUUUUUCGUAUCAGGACCGGCCUUUCUAACGGUUAUCUCGUCCUUUCUUAUGAUAUUACUCCCAGUUGCCAUCUUCCACGCCUUUACCUCAACAUGGCUCUUUGAAAAAGAUAUUUACUACGUCUCAAUUCUCAACCUCUUCUUUUUCACGCUAACCAUUUACACCUUUUUUAAAACAAGUUUUAUGGACCCUGGUAUAAUACCAAGACAGAAAUCUGUACUAAACAUUUACGAUGUGAUAAUCCAACAGUACCGGGAAACGCAGCCACCACGACAGAAGGAGGUUUUGAUAAAUGGAAACUUUUACAAACUCAAGUAUUGCUACACGUGUAACAUAUAUAGAGGCAUAAGAACUGUGCACUGUUCCAUUUGUGACAACUGCGUGGAGAAGUUCGAUCACCACUGCCCAUGGGUGGGCAAUUGCAUCGGGACGAGGAACUACAAAUACUUCGUGUACUUCGUUUUUAAUCUGUACAUCCUGAUAUGCAUAACUCUAGGCGCAAGUAUUUACAAACUAACCAUAUGCAUCAACAGCCUAUCAGACGAGGGUUACAACACGGAGAAAAUAUUUAUUCACAUAUGGCGCAUGGCCACAGAUAGCAUCAUUUUGAUCAUAUACACUAUCCUAACGUUGUGGUUCGUCAUAGGACUGUUGUGCUAUCACAUCUACACAAUUGUGACGAACCAAACAACGUACGAGCAAAUAAAGACCUUUUAUCAAAACGAUAAUCCGUUUAAUAUAGGCGUUUUUAACAAUAUAAAAGAGAUACUCUUCACGAAAACGAGGCCGUCGUACAUCAAUUUUGUGAACCCCCAAUUACAACUUGUGGAUAAGAAAAGCUCGCAUCACGUAGUGGUCCUGAACGAUGUAGCUAUCGACAUAGAUGAAGAGCAAAAUGGUAAUGAUUCACUCAGUAAUGGAGACAAAAAUGAAAAAAGAAAAAAAUUCCCCUCCAUUGAAUCCCAAGUAGUAGAUUCCAAAUGGACCAAAAAAGGAAGAGAUUAUCAUUCGAUCAAUAUUCACGAUGGAAAAUAUAGAAACAAAACUUACAAUGUAAAGAAAAAAAUAACGAAAGAAAAAAGCUUAGAAGAAUAUGAUAUUACCAAACUGAGCAACAUUUCUAAUAAAGCAAUUGAAAAAAAUGCCAUCCAUUUCAAGUACGAGAAAAAUAAAAAUACCAAGUUGAGUAAAAUGAAAUUGUCAACUUUUAGGAAGAAGUAUAGCUACUCCGAAGAAUUAAGUAACGAUUUUGAACAAGUCAGUCAAUACACACAAAAAAGGAUCAUAAAUUUGGAUAACACCCUAGGUUCUUUAUUCAUUAGGAACGACUUGUCAUCAACAGGCAGCUCUAAUAACGACCUGUGCAGUGAUAUAUGUAACGAGAGCAGGGCCAGCUACGUAGGAGACGAAAUGAAUGCAGACGAACUAUAUGAAUACCAGGAUGAUGAUAUAAUUCGUCUGAACAGGAAAAGAGUCAACAAUAAUAACAACUACAUCAUUGUUAUUAAGAACUGGAAGAGAGACAGCGAAUGCUAUGGGACCGGUGUAGGCAAGGAGGGCCUAAUCACAAGCGGAUCGAGUAAGGAAUGCCCCAGUAAGGACUGCCCCAGUAAGGACUGCCCCAGUAAGAACAGUCCAGGAAAAAACAGUACAGGGAAAAACAGUGCAGGAAAAAACAGCGCUUGGAAAAAGAACCUACGCAAAAAAGAUACACACGAUGGUGAUUCCCUUGCGCCACUUGGCCCUUCCAAACAAAUCAGACGGAAACAAAUUAAUUACGAAACAAAAAUUAACUGCUUCAGUAACUCGGCGCAUGUGAGAAAAAAAUUAGAGUACCCAAUUCCGUAUAAGAAAAAAUUUCCAUUCAUCCGUAAGUUUAAAAACAAAAUGGAGACCUAUUACGUAGUCAGAUACGCCAACAUAAAUAAGAAUGACUUCUCGACCUACUGCCAGCAUACCAGUGCGGACAUAGAAAUGAAUAGCGUCAAACAGAUGAGCAAGAUGAAGAUGAUAAAGAAGAUAAAGUACUUGCGGAAGCUAUUUUCGAGAAAGCGCCAGUACGGCAAUAGUGGCCAUAAGAAUCGGGGCAAAAUAAAAAUGUUCAGCACCGCCAAGAGUGCCAGUCGGCAGGUCGAAGCAUGCAAUUGCAGCGGCGGCUGUGGCGAUGGAGAUGGGGAGCAUGCUAAGAACGGACAGGAUGACUGCUCUGCGAAUGCGAAAGCCAACGAGAAGAUUGUACUGAAAAAGAGGAAGAAAAACAAGAUUAUGGCCCUGCAGAAGGAUGUCAUCAUCAGUAUAUAUAAUUAUAAGCCCAAGGAGAAGAGGGAGAUACCCAAUCACUGGGGUGCAAGCCAUUCCAAGUUGGCAGAAAACGAAUCGCAUGAAAAGGAACUACCGGGACAUAUGGACCAAACGGGCGAACAUAAACACAGCAGCGGGGGCGAGGCUCCAGAUUUAUCCAAGGCAUUCCACCGCCAAAUCGACGGAGACACCUCGACCAAACACGAAGAAGAGAAACAAAAGAAGUUGGACCUGAAGUUGCCCGAAUAUUACCCCUCCGGAAUAGACAACGUUGAACUGGAAAAUUUCAGCAAGAUAUGCGAAAUGAGGUACACCAAAAUGUACAAGUGGAAGUACAAGAAAAUGCACAAGAGGAUACUCCGAAGGGAAAGAAUAAAACUGCUAUCCAGGCCACAUAAGAACAUCCACUUGUAUUAUAACAAUAAAAAUUAUUGCAUUGACGAGUCUACAGAUUGGCAUCAAAACAGUGAACUGUUAAGCGAAUAUAUGGACGCUAAUCUUUACUUUGCGAGAAUUAAAAAAAGCAAUAAAUUUGAUAAUUUAAAAUUAUUUAAUUAUUUAAUUCACAAGCAUAAACAAGAUAAAGACCGCUCAGAUAACAAAAAGAAAAGCAAGGCCUCCAAAUUUUUUUAUUUUUUUACAUCCUUUGCUCUAAUAAUUAAUUGUAUACGCAUACCGUCCACUAAUGAUAAUGACUGA